AGCGCGCCCGCCGCGGCUCUUCUCGCCGGGCUGCCGAGCGGGCAGCAGCAGGAGCAGCGGCACCGAGAGCGCGAGCAGCCCCUGGACCCUCUUCUCCCCGGGCAGAGAGGGGCCGCACCUUCCCGUGAGUACCGACCUGGCCGUCUCUGUCACCGCGCCGCGCAUCACGCAGGGCAAGGCAGUAACAUAAAGACCUGUCAUAGAGGAGAUAAGAAAAGGAGGAAAAGAAAAAAGAGACCAACUUUCUCAGAAGUUAUUUGUACAAAGGAUCAAUAUUUCAAGAUGUGUGAAGGAGAAGGGUCUGACUGACAAGCUGCAUUGAUAUACACUGUUAUUCUGACUAUGACUGGAUUGACUGAAAAUUGCCUCAAAGAGUAAGGUUUCUUGUCUAUACUUACAUAACUACUGCAAGCUAUCUAGUCGUACCAAGUUGAACUUCAUUCUUCAAGUGUGAUUUACUCAGUACAGUCGAAAAUCAUGAUGAAAAAGAUGAGCAUACCUACAAGCAAAAUUUCCCUGGUCCUCUUUCUGUGCCAAAUUAUUUCUGCACUGGAUGUACCUCUUGACUCAAAACUUCUAGAAGACUUGUCACAGCCUCCUACGAUAACUCAGCAAUCUCCAAAAGAUUACAUUGUUGACCCUCGAGAGAAUAUUGUAAUACAGUGUGAAGCCAAAGGAAAGCCACCUCCUAGCUUCUCCUGGACACGCAAUGGAACUCAUUUUGAUAUAGAUAAAGACGCACAGGUAACAAUGAAACCAAAUUCAGGGACUCUUGUCAUAAAUAUUAUGAAUGGUGGGAAAGCAGAAGCAUAUGAGGGAGUUUACCAGUGUACAGCAAGGAAUGAACGAGGAGCAGCCAUUUCCAACAAUAUCGUUAUAAGGCCUUCUAGAUCGCCUUUGUGGACAAAAGAAAAACUGGAACCAAAUCAUGUUCGCGAAGGUGAUUCACUAGUACUGCACUGCAGACCUCCUGUUGGCUUGCCACCACCUAUCAUAUUUUGGAUGGAUAAUGCUUUCCAAAGGCUGCCUCAAAGUGAAAGAGUUUCCCAAGGUCUAAAUGGAGAUCUUUAUUUUUCUAAUGUACAACCAGAAGACACUCGGGAGGACUAUAUCUGCUACGCAAGAUUUAAUCACACGCAAACUAUACAGCAGAAACAACCCAUAUCUGUAAAGGUCCUUUCAAUGGAUUCAUUGAAUGACACUAUAGCUGCUAAUUUGAGUGACACUGAUAUUUAUGGUGCAAAGCCAGUUACAGAAAGGCAGCCGGUUCUUCUAACACCAACAGGUAGCACAAGUACCAAAGUGGAACUCAGAGGAAAUGUGCUUUUGUUGGAGUGCAUCGCAGCAGGAUUACCCACACCAGUAAUCCGCUGGAUCAAGGAGGGUGGGGAACUGCCAGCCAACAGAACAUUUUUUGAAAACUUUAAGAAAACUCUCAAGAUUAUAGAUGUUUCAGAAGCUGACUCUGGGAACUACAAAUGUAUAGCAAGAAAUACUUUAGGUUCAGUUCAUCAUGUCAUUUCAGUAACUGUGAAAGCUGCUCCAUACUGGAUAACAGCACCCAGAAACUUGGUUUUGUCUCCUGGUGAAGAUGGAACAUUGAUCUGCAGAGCUAAUGGCAACCCAAAGCCUAGUAUAAGCUGGUUAGCAAAUGGUGUUCCCAUAGCAAUUGCCCCAGAAGAUCCUAGCAGAAAGGUGGAUGGUGACACCAUUAUUUUCUCACACGUGCAAGAAAGGUCAAGUGCUGUCUAUCAGUGCAAUGCUUCUAAUGAAUACGGAUACUUGCUAGCAAAUGCGUUUGUGAAUGUUCUGGCUGAGCCACCAAGAAUUCUAACUCCUGCUAAUAAACUGUAUCAAGUCAUUGCAGACAGUCCCGCAUUGCUAGACUGUGCUUAUUUUGGGUCACCUAAGCCUGAAAUUGAAUGGUUUAAGGGAGUGAAAGGUAGCAUCUUGCGUGGAAAUGAGUACGUUUUCCAUGAUAACGGAACCUUGGAAAUUCCAGUGGCUCAGAAGAAUAGUGCUGGUACAUACACAUGUGUAGCAAGGAAUGAAUUAGGAAAGAUACAAAAUGAGGUGCAGUUGGAAGUUAAAGAUCCAACGAUGAUCAUUAAACAGCCAGAAUACAAAGUGAUUCAGAGAUAUGGCCAGGUUUCUUUUGAGUGUAUAAUAAAACAUGAUUCUACCUUACUACCAACAGUUACAUGGUUGAAGGACAAUGAUGAACUGCCAGAUGAUGAAAGGUUUCUAGUUGGUAAAGACAACUUGACCAUUAUGAAUGUAACUGAUAAAGAUGAUGGAACAUACACUUGCAUAGUUAAUACUACUCUGGACAGUGUUUCAGCAAGUGCUGUGCUUACUGUUGUUGCUGCUCCCCCAACACCAGCUAUCAUUUACGCUCGGCCAAAUCCACCCUUUGACUUGGAAUUGACAGGUCAGCUAGAAAGAAGCAUUGAUCUCUCAUGGAUACCAGGGGAUGAAAACAACAGUCCCAUUACAAGCUUUGUGAUUGAGUAUGAAGACGCGCUGCACGAACCAGGAGUGUGGCAUUACCAGACGGAAGUCCCUGGCACUCAGACAACAGUGCAGCUGAAGUUGUCUCCCUAUGUCAACUACUCCUUCCGUGUGAUAGCUGUCAAUAAGAUUGGCAGAAGCCAGCCCAGUGAGCCAUCUGAGCAGUACCUGACAAAAUCUGCAAGCCCUGAUGAAAAUCCUGCUAAUGUGCAGGGGAUAGGCUCAGAACCUGAUAAUUUGGUAAUAACAUGGGAGCCUUUAAAAGGUUUUCAGUCUAAUGGACCAGGGCUUCAGUACAAAGUCAGCUGGCGCCAGAAAGAUGUUGAUGAUGAAUGGACAUCUGUUAUAGUUGCAAAUGUAUCUAAAUAUAUUGUGUCUGGUACACCAACUUUUGUCCCAUAUGAAGUUAAAGUGCAAGCUUUAAAUGACUUGGGGUAUGCACCAGAACCAUCAGAGGUGAUUGGACAUUCAGGGGAAGACUUGCCAAUGGUUGCUCCAGGCAAUGUGCAGGUUCAUGUUAUUAACAGCACAUUAGCAAAGGUGCAUUGGGACCCAGUUCCACUAAAAAGUGUCCGAGGACACCUUCAAGGGUACAAAAUUUACUACUGGAAAGUGCAGAGUCUGUCCAGAAGGAGUAGACGACAUGUAGAAAAAAAGAUCUUGACUUUCAGGGGAAACAAGACUUUUGGAAUGUUACCAGGACUGGAGCCCUAUAGUUCCUACAAGCUGAAUGUUAGAGUUGUUAAUGGUAAAGGAGAAGGACCAGCAAGCCCAGACAAAGCAUUUAAGACUCCUGAAGGAGUUCCUAGUUCACCUUCCUUUCUGAAGAUUACUAACCCAACAUUGGACUCUCUGACUCUGGAGUGGGGCUCACCCACCCAUCCAAAUGGUGUUUUGACAUCAUAUACACUGAAGUUUCAGCCAAUCAACAACACACAUGAAUUGGGUCCCUUGAUAGAGAUAAGAAUUCCUGCCAAUGAGAGCAGCUUGAUAUUAAAAAAUUUAAAUUACAGCACCCGGUACAAGUUUUACUUUAACGCACAAACUUCAGUUGGAUCAGGAAGUCAGAUAACUGAGGAAGCAGUAACAAUUAUGGAUGAAGCUGGUAUUCUCCGUCCUGCUGUAGGUGCAGGCAAAGGAUAUUCAGAAAUCCUUUUUGCAACUUCCCCAGUCAUGCAUACUGUCCGUCCAACAUUCUAUAAGGUUCAACCACUUUAUCCAAGGAUCAGAAAUGUUACAACAGCUGCUGCUGAGACCUAUGCCAAUAUCAGUUGGGAGUAUGAGGGACCAGAUCAUGCGAACUUUUAUGUUGAAUAUGGUGUAGCAGGCAGCAAAGAAGAUUGGAAAAAAGAAAUUGUAAAUGGUUCUCGAAGCUUCUUUGUCUUAAAGGGUUUAACACCAGGAACAGCAUAUAAAGUCCGGGUUGGUGCUGAGGGCCUGUCUGGUUUUAGGAGUGCAGAGGAUGUGUUUGAGACAGGUCCAGCAAUGGCAAGCCGGCAGGUGGACAUCGCUACUCAAGGAUGGUUCAUUGGUCUUAUGUGUGCUGUUGCUCUUCUGAUCUUGAUUUUACUGAUUGUGUGCUUCAUAAGGAGGAAUAAGGGUGGCAAGUAUCCAGUGAAGGAAAAGGAGGAUGCACAUGCUGAUCCAGAAAUACAACCUAUGAAGGAAGAUGAUGGAACGUUUGGUGAAUACAGGUCCAUGUCUGCUUGGACAGGAAAGAAACUGGACAAGGAAAGGAGAACAAAAGGUAGCUGUGCCAAUUCUCCUGAAGCAAACCCUGUCUUUACCAAAGCAAAGUCUGUGAGAUCUGACAGAUCCAACUUCUUCAGAAGGUCAGGGGAUCAAUACUCCAGCACCAGAUCAGAGACCUCCUACACCAGGAGGAGGGCUAGGCAGUCUUCAGAGCUUACAAGGGUUAGUUCUGUCUCUGCUUCCCUCUGCCAAGAGGAAAAGAGGUCAGACGGAUGGAAGUACAGGCAUGGCUCUAGACAUCAUGCUUCUGAGCAACACAUAAUGGGGUCGGAGGAGGGCUCAGAUUCUCAGGCAGGACAGCCAUCCCCUUUCCAGCAACCCCUCAGCUGCAACUCAAUUGGUGGCUUACUGGGAAGGCAGCAUUCUUCUCUCCAGCACUGGUGCAGCCAGACCCCAGACUGCAGCUCAGAUUCAGAAGACACUCAGAGCUCCUGCCACAGGAAGGUAAGACCUUCUGCUGCUACUCACUUCUCCGAAUCUGAAAAGAAUUCACUAAUGAAAUCUAUAAUCUUGCCUGAGCUGGCCACUGUCUUAAAGGAUGCUUUGACAGCAGCCAGACAAAGCAUAACAUCUGUGGCACAGGCUAGGUCCCAUUCAGUGAAGCAUCCCAGGGUACCAAUUGCAGAAGUUCCACUGGUUCCUUUAGAAGCAUCUGGGAGCAGUUCCCAGAUUUCUGAGUUUGAUCAUAUGGACAGCUUAAAAGAUCAAACAACUUCUGGGAAGGACAAACCUGAGGCUGACAAGGCCUUAGAGGUUGAAUCAGCCCCUGAAGACGGGGAGGUGGCAUCUGAGUUCCCUACAGAAGAUCCAGAAGGACCAGAUCCUCUACGUAAAUUUGACAUGGAGAAUCAGAAUUACCUUUUUGAACACAUAAAGAAGGUGCUAAUGCUAAAGUCUUCCAAAUCUGAAUGUGCCUCUGAAGAAGGCAAGGUAGAUAAUGCACUUCCUAUCCAUUCAGCUGUGGAAGAUCUUGUCUGCAGGAUUUGGAGAAAUCCUGAAGCCAAGCACGAAGCCCCACCAGUCCUACAUAAGCUCUAUCCUUUUCCAGUGGAUAAAGCUGCUUUGUGGGGGACCUUGCCUGAGGUAGACAGAGCAUUGGUUACUGGUAAUUGUGUACUGUCAGUGCCUGAUAAUACAGAUGCUCUCCCUAAAGAUCCUACUGACAGAAAGAUUGAGGAAGCAAUUAAAAGAUCUUUCAAGCUAGCUGCAGCCCAGCUUGGAGUAUCUAUCUACUGCACUUAUGCUUCUAAAGCUUUGCUAAUAUGGUUAGAGGAAGAACAAGCUAGAUUCAAAAAGAAGUGGGUCCCAUCUGGUGCCAUGCAGAGAAAACGCAGGCUGUGUAAAAUUGCAGCUAAUUUUAUCCAUGAUGCAGCUGAGGAUUCUCUUAGACUCACUGUUAAAAAUGUGGCAUGCCUCACUGUAGCCUGGAGAGCUCUCUGGCUGCGUCCUUGGAGCCCAUCACUAGAUCUGAAAUGUAAGCUGCUGUCUUUACCAUACACAGGGGGCAAGCUGUUUGGUGAAUCCUUAGUCCAGAUCAUGCAAGAUGCCUCAGAACACAAGCACUCCUUACGUCAGAUGAAAAAAAAGAGCUCUGUUGGAAGCUCUUCAUGUUCUCACAAGUGUCUGAGCUCCUUGCGUUCUCCUCCAAAGUUCAAAGGAGGGAAGGGAAAGUAUAAGGUCUCACAUUCAUUUCAUGCCAAGUAUGAAAAGACAUCUCACUUUCAAAGAGAUAUCAGACCAUCAAGAGGAACUUUCUAAGAACAUAGACUUGCUUCCUAGUUUCACAGGAACUGAGAAGAGUGAAAGACAUGGAAAUGUUUCAAUAUUUCUGAACAAAUAAACCCAGUGCUUAGAAAAUUAGUUGUUCCCAAGUAAGAUUUAAAUUAUGAAGUUACUUAAAUCUUAAUGACUAAUUAAGAUAUUUUAGAGAAAUCAUAGCUCUCAAAUCCCUUCUCUUUAGGGGAGGGUUUUUUACAUUAGAUUUCUAGUCUUUCUAGUGGUCUUUGGAUGGUUUGGAUUUGUUUGAAGUUUUGCACUCCUCAAUUUCAACUGAGAGAAUACUUUCUAUGUGAGAGUUGGCUGGUCUGUAAGACCAGACAACAUCAGAUUUUUCUGCUAUAUUGAUCUAAUGAAAGAAAUAAUGCUUUAGGAAAUGCAGGUGUUUUGGGAACUAAGGAAUGGCUAUGGCUGCUAUAUUCCUGUGACUGGAUGGAUUCCUUCAUUUUUACAUAUAAGGAAAAACAGUGCCUCUGUAGCAAUCUGCUCUGCACCAUCAGUGGUUUUCUGAGUUGUAGAAGACUGAGACAGUAAAUUGUGGACAGUCAUUGUCUACACCAAGAACCUGCAAGCAACAGAAGAAGUACCACAGAUGUGUGUUGAGAUCAGCAUAGGUGUAAAUAAGCCUAAAUUUCUCUUCUGGUCCAUAAAUGGAGAGAAAUUAAGAAGUUAUGACAGCUACAGACCUGUGAGUUCAUGGGUAGGAAAACUGGAAGCAAGCAAUUACAAGGGAAAGUUGGAAGUCCAGUGGUCUGCAGAAUGUUCUUAGGAAGAUGAAACAGGACAAGGCAAAUACAAUAGUGGAAUUGCUACUGUGGUAACUCAGGAUAUUUGCACAUUUUGGUGAAUUAUUUUGCCUCUUUUCUUCAAUAUUUUGACACACAGUGUUUUAUCUAGAAAUUCUAGGAUAUGCUGUGAGUCACUGUGGCAGAGAGUUCUGGGAUUGCUAGAUAAUAUAUUACUCUUUCUUCUUUUUCUGAGUUGAUUAACAAUUAAAAUAAAGUUUGUAACUACAAGUGUAGGGUUUUUCUCUUGUAGUUACUUAACUUGCAGCUUAGGUGUGUUUCUAUAGGGACCUAGUCAUGAUUUGUGCCUCAGGACUGUAAUUCUAAGCUUGGUCCCUUCCAGGACAAGAGAUUAUCUCAGUGGAGAUUAUCUGAAGAGCUGAACAGUCCAACUGGAUUUGGCAGUGGUCUUACUGUGUUCUAAUUUAUGCACAUGUACUUUCUUUGACAAUUCUUGUUUUAAUUCUGGAAUACUUGAGUGACUAACAACUUUCAGUACAUUGCGUUUUAAAGCCAGAGCGUCAUCACCCAGUUUUUCCAGCUUCUGCCAGGACUGAAGAUUGAGUAUUACAGAUAUGCUAAUGAAAAACUACUCAGAAGACUGAUAUAGUUGUGCUUAAAUAAGAAAUAGUAAAAUGGCUUGAAGUCUGGAUUGAAUGUAAUAACAUUAGGACUCUCAGUCCUAAUAAUUUAGGAGUAUCAGCGGAAACCUCUUAGGUGUGGGAACAGAUUCUCCUGGAGUAUGCAGAGAAGCCACAGAGGAAGGUAUUUCUGUGGCUUUACCUGAUAUUUAGCUUUUAUUUAAACAUUUCUGGGCUAUUGACCUGAGGUCACAGAAAAAGGAAUUUAGUGCCAACCGUUUUCAUCUUCUGCAUCCACUUUCUGUGUCUCAUAGCCCAGAAUGUUUUACCCACUUUGUUUCAUGUUGCCUUUCACUUCACAGUUGUGCUGUAAGGAAAAGUAGUAUAUUGCUAACCAUAUAUUGAGUCUUUUUGCAUGUCUAUGAAUGUGGCAAAGUUUAGUUGGGAACUAGUUGCCUGCUGGACUGCAGAGGCAUCAUAAAAGUGUCUUCCCCAUUCUGACUGGUUGCUGCAUGUACCCAUAUCUAAGGAAGAAAAAUUGAAAAGUUGAAAGAAGAAAGGAGAUUUCAAGGUACAUAUUUCUUUCAAUAACUGAUAAGCUUGUGAAAUGGAAUUACUUUUUUAAAACAAAUAAAUUUGUAUUUUGCACUUAUGCUAUUGUUACGUUCAUACUUCUUAUGUCUCUUAAUAACUAACUUCAAGUUUGAUAUGUGUUUCAUCAAACUAAGAAGAGAAACAUU